AUGGAGAGAGCCGUCGAGGCAACAACAGCUAACGUGCGUGCUGCCACCGCAUAUUUGUUCAACGCCUUCCAAGAUGUGUCCACGCCGAUGGCCAUAAUCGGUGGGUUCUCGGUUUCUCUUCGCGGCUGCACUCGCGAGGUGAAGGGUCUUGAUAUUGCCGCUUCAGAACUAAGGGAGGUGGCUGAGUUGCUGCGCACAUGGCGAGGCAUGCAUGAGCAACGGCUCAUAAUACCGGCGAUCGUUCCCCAAUCAGAGGCACUGAUAAUAUUUGUUCGAACAGGUGGUCAGUGGGAUCACUCAACCGCCCGCGAAUGUAUAGUUCAAGUCAUAAUUACCAGGCGAGGGCAUCUCGAUGCUCCUGAGGACAUAAUUGCAGCAACAGAAAUGAUUGAUGUUCCACAGGGUCUGCGCAGUGAACUUACACCGCGCAUUGCAAGGAUACCGAUUCUCGACCUGCCUCACAUAUUCCGAGACAAAUUAAGGAAUUAUUCAGUUCGACGCAGGCUCAUCAGCAACGUUCAUGCCCACGCCGAAGCCGGCGACGAGUUGGUAGAGAAUGGUCUUCUUCCAGGAGGGGGAGAAGGGGCAACGGGCCACUUUCCCCUCGCUGAGGAGGAAGAGCAAGGCUGUGAGAACCGCGAAGAUGAUGAGGCAGAUCACCGUUGCGGAGGACCAGGGGAUGGUCACGCCGACAAACUCGAGGCCGAGGAGGGCCAUCAAUGUCCCGCCCAUCACCGUGAUACUGCCCAGCCAAUCCACAGCCCUGAGUCCAUCCCAAACUGGUGUCCUGGGAUUAUCCAGAUGCAGAAAUAUGCUCAGCAGUACAAAGACCGUCCCUGUGAUUGGCACUGCACCAACUAG